AUGUCAGAAGCUACUGCGCCCACGAAUGAGAAUGUCGGCGGAUCGCCCGCGUCAGAGCCUUCAGCGACUGGCAAGAGGAAACGCAUGGACUAUAGACAGUCGCAGCAAGCCCGGCGACAAGAACUGAAGAGUGUGGUUUUCGAGGGCGACGCAGAGGAGAAGAUCAAACUGCCAAAGAAAAAAUACUAUCGGCAGCGAGCACAUUCGAACCCUUUCUCAGACCAUCUGCUCGAAUAUCCCAAAAGUCCGUCGGAUAUGGAUUGGUCGAGGCUAUAUCCAGCCCUGAUCCCCCCACCAACAUCAACAGAGGCCGCCUCUCCUCAACCCAAAGUCGAAAUCGCAGACAUCGGCUGUGGAUUUGGCGGGUUGCUUGUUUCAUUAGCUACAGAGUUCCCAGACAAAUUAGUACUCGGCAUGGAGAUCCGCGUCCAAGUUACACAGUACGUCGAGGAUCGCAUUAUCGCACUGCGCCAGCAGCACGCGGCAUCAGAAGAGAAGCUCUACAACAACAUUGCUGUUCUGCGGGCUAAUGCCAUGAAGUUCCUGCCAAAUUUCUUUGAAAAAGGCCAGCUUUCGAAAAUGUUCUUCUGCUUCCCGGAUCCUCACUUCAAAGCUCGCAAGCACAAGGCCAGAAUCAUCACAUCAACUCUUGCAUCCGAAUAUGCCUACUUAUUACGACCGGGUGGUAUAGUCUAUACGAUCACCGACGUCAAGGAUCUGCAUGAGUGGAUGGUAAAGCAUCUCGAGGAACACCCCAUGUUUAAAAGAUUGUCCAAGGAAUGGGAAGAAAGCGAUAAAUGUGUACAGAUCAUGCGCAAGGACACCGAAGAAGGAAAGAAAGUUGAGAGAAACCAAGGCGACAAAUUCGUUGCUUGCUAUGUCCGGCUAGAAAAGCCAGAGUACUAG